AUGACGGUCGCGCGCCCCAGGCAGAAGCAGAUCGACGGCAACUACUUCCAGACAAAGCCCUACCUAGAUGUCUGCAACCGCAACCGCAAGACCGACCUAGUGAAGGCGGCGACACUGGCCUUCCUAUCCGGCAAGGCCCGCCAGACCAUCGCCCCGAUCCAGCGCAUCAAUCUCGGCGUCGCUCGGCCCGAUGUCCCUCAGGGUGCGCCCUGCGUUGCCGGCAUCUUCCACGCCCAACACGCACUUCUCUAUGUUAAACAGAACGGUACUGGCGAUGCUGUAGGCGAUCACCAGCGGUGGCGAGUCCAGGAAGACCUACUUCGUAUACGGGUUGGUGCGGGCAGCAAUGACAUUACACGGUUUGGAGGUGUUAGUGCAGCUAGUAAUGGCAGCAAUGAUCGCCGUGCCAUCCAGCAUCAGGCCAUAUGA